CCCAGCUGCGGAAGGGGGAAGUGGCCUUGAGCCAUUGGCCCGGACUCCGGGGUCCAGCGUGGGAGGCCGAGACCGGAGCAGACAUGAGCUCCCAGAAGAAUCCACAAGGGGGCAAGGCCUUCGGGGCGCUGAAGGCCCAGCAGGAGGAGGGGCUGGACUCUCUCAAUAAGGAAUUCCUGGAUGACCCCAAAUACAGCACAGACGAAGACCUGCCGGAGAAGCUGGAGGCCUUCAAGAAGAAAUACAUGGAGUUCGACCUCAACGGGGAGGGGGACAUCGACAUCAUGGCUCUGAAGCGGAUGCUGGAGAAGCUGGGAGCGGCCAAGACCCACCUGGAGCUGAAGAAAAUGAUCACGGAGGUGACGGGCGGCCAGAGCGAGACCAUCAGCUACCGGGACUUCGUCCGCAUGAUGCUGGGCAAGCGCUCGGCCAUCUUCAAACUGAUCCUGAUGUAUGAAGACAAAGCCAAGGAGAAGGAGGAGAAGCCGGCCGGCCCCCCCGCCAAGAGGGCCAUCACUGACCUCCCCUAGCUGCCCCCGGCGCCCCCCCUCCGGGGGGCUGUUGGGGGCCCCGGGCAGGGAGCUUCUGCACCCCUGCUCUGGGAUUCCCCUGGUUCAUGUCACUGCUGGAAACCAAGCCACUAACAACGUCCGUGGGGGAGCAGGGGGGCAACACCUAGGCUGGGGUGGCAGGGUUGGGAGGGCUGGGGAGUGCAGUUUUGCCGGACCCACUAGGGGGCAGCACAUCGGGGGAGCCUGGGGGGCAGGUCCUGGGGGAGGCUGGUUUUGCAGGGGGGCCCUGGGGGCCAGAGCUGAGCCCCCCCUCAGUUCACCUCGACAUGUCCCCUGGGCUGAGGAUCGUGACCUCUCUCCCACCCACCCCCCCAGCGCCCUCUUUGGCCCUAGCUCCUAACUCCCGCCAACCCUGCAAAGGAUUCUGGGAUUGUCAGACCUUAUCACACCUCCCCUAUGACUCCCGCCAACCCUGCAAAGGAUUCUGGGAUUGAUAGACCUUGUCACACACAGACCCCCCUCCCCCCCAUGACAUAUGCUAAGCCUGCAAAGGAUUCUGGGAUUGCCCCUCCCCCCCAUGCCAGACUCACGCCAACCCCACAAAGGUUUCUGGGCCAGCCAAGGCGAGGGAGGUUAAAGGUCGAGAGCCCCUUGGUACUCAUGGGGUCGGUGUGAGGGGUGAAAGGUCGGGGGUCACAGGGGGUGACCCAUACGUGCGGCACUGUCAAUAAAGGCCUCUUAAUGAC